AUGGAGAUAGCACAAAAUUGUAUGGGUCCCCUCUCGACCAACACAAUGACCAGGAUCAACGAGAACGGCAAUGUGGUGGGGACCAUCAUCGUGAAUUGCGAGGGAUUUCCUGAGACGACCACCUUGGACAGCUUGUCCGUUGCCACCUACUCCAGGCAUAUGCGUAACUUAUCCCAUCAUGCUACUAGUGCUCUUAAAGAAAUUGAUGUCGCGGAUGAGCUGGUAGUACUACGACUCAUGGUGAAAAAGACAGAGGCAGUCGACCACUUAAUCGUUGUAAUGAGGAUAACUUAA